CUGUCUGCAGCGCCGCACUCUAGCCCUCCUCUCCCCUAUUCCUAUUCAUUGCUUAGGGGCUACAGGUGACCUCUACGUCCCGCAGCGCAGCCCUCUACCGUGCCCCCUUCGUAGCGGACCGCUUCUCUCUCACGCCAGAUCGAGAGGAGCGCUGUUCACCCCCUCGCGGCAUUGUUUUCUCCCUUUCGCGCGCGCAUCGGAAGGAUCAGAAGCAUUUUCGUUGCUGAUGACGAUGGCGGUACAUCGACGGACAAAGCCCGACGAGAGAUUCGUCUCCAUCUCGCCUCGUCUUCCUCCCUCCUUCAGCCCGAGGAAACCGUAGCUCGGGGACGGCAUCUUCAACUCCGACGGCGACACCUGGGUGGCACAGCGCAAGACGGCCGCGCUCGAGUUCACCACGCGCACGCUCCGCACCGCCAUGUCGCGCUGGGUCUCCCGCUCCAUCCACGCCCGCCUGCUGCCCAUCCUCGCCGACGCGCACAUCGUCGACCUGCAGGACCUCCUGCUCCGCCUCACCUUUGACAACAUCUGCGGCCUCGCCUUCGGGAAGGACCCCGAGACGCUCGCCCGGUGCCUCCCCGACAACGCCUUCGCCUCCGCGUUGGACCGCGCCACGGAGGCCACCCUCAACCGCUUCAUCUUCCCCGAGUGCGUCUGGCGCUGCAAGAAGUGGCUGGGCCUCGGCAUGGAGACGACGCCGGCGCGCAGCGUCCGCCACGUCGACCGCUACCUCUCGGCUGUCAUCAAGGCGCGCAACCUCGAGCUCUCCGCCUCCUUGCCGCCGCCGCCACGAGGAAGGACCUCCUCUCGGCCACGCCGCACGACGACCUCCUCUCGCGCUUCAUGCGCAAGGGGACCUACUCCGACGAGGCGCUGCAGCACGUGGCGCUCAACUUCAUCCUCGCCGGCCGCGACAGCUCCUCGGUGGCGCUCUCCUGGUUCUUUUGGCUGGUCUCCACGCACCCCGCCGUGGAGCGCAAGAAUAUUUGUAAUGAAAUUGCAAAUAUCAAACCGUAUUCGAAUAAUAAUGGAAUUUGCUUCGCAGGAAAAUAUAUUCCAGAACCGAAGACGGAUAAUACGUUUUCACGAAAUUAUGCAAUUUCGAAUGUAUUGUAAAAUAAUAGUUGUUAUAUAUUAUAUGUGCAAGUAAUUGUAAACUAA